GACAAGCUCCUCCAAGCGUUUACCCCCCACCUCCUUCGUCAGCACCACUUACAGAAACGAUGCCAGUGAAUCUGUAUUAGCGGCGUUCGGACAUUACUCGUGGUUUUCCCUCGAAUGCCGACCUUGCGUGGUUUGCCAAACGGAUUUGGUUUCAUUUAUUACCGUGGGAUUACGCGGCGUUAUCUAGGGAGGCUAGAGAUUUGUGUGGUGUGGGGCGGGGAAGAGUGCUUGGAGGAGGCUUUCGGAGACCCAGUCAUCUUGCCGCUCGGUCCAACCAACCACUAUGCUCCCAUAACUACCCGCGACAGUUACAGAGAAGACGGAGACAAUGCGCCCGUAAAGCAUGGACGUAGAAGAGAGUGCAGGGCAGGGAGGGGGCGGCACUAGAAAGAGAGCAACAGAAGAUGGGAAUGUAGGAGGAGGAGGUGUGGAAGUUUUGGUGGUACCUCCGGACCUGUAUGACUCUGCGAGAGCCAAAAUAGAAGCAAAUCUCCGCUGGCUGCUGGCUAAAGCUUAUGGAAUUGACCACAUCCCAAAGGACCUGCAAAACCCCUUCUACACUGACCAAUAUGAGCAGGAGCACAUUAAGCCACCCGUCAUUCACCUGCUGCUGUCUGGAGAGAUUUACUGUUGGGUGUGUGGACUCAUCCUCCACGUCGAGCAAGCCACCUCGCUCCAAAGCCAUCAGUCUGUGCUCCUGGCUCUGUCCGCCAGGGGCAUCCACGUGCGAGACUUGGACGACAUUCCUGUCUCCGCUCUGGAUCUCAGCUCUACCCCCGUUAAGAUGAGCUGCCACAUGCACUUGAUUGAUGCCCUCAUGAUGGCCUGCAUGUUGGAAAUGAUCAGUGUGGAGAAGGUGGUGUCCAGUGUCAAACGAUUCUCCAACUUUAGUGCCUCAAAGGAGCGUCCAAUGGACCUAGAAGACGCCAUGGUCCUUUGGCUUAACAAAGUGAAUACUAAGAUGAGUGCUAUCUCUGAAAAAGAGAUGAAGAUGAAGCAGCAGCAGAUGUUAGACUCACCAAGCCAUCAGAAGCCUGACAUAUUGCAUGCACUGGCCCAUUGUCUGCUGGAGCCUGUGGAGUUCUCUCGAGUGGUACGCUAUCGCAGGGAUUACCUCUCUGGUCGGACACUUCAGCACUUCUCCCUGAUAGAGGACCUGUGCAAAGAUGUGUGCGAUGGCGCUGCUCUUCUGGCACUAAUCCAUUUCUAUUGCCCUGAACUCAUUAGACUUGAAGAUAUCUGCCUGAAGGAUGUCGCCUCCAUUGCUGACAGCAUGUACAACAUCCAGCUCCUGAUAAAAUUUUCCAAUAAAUACUUGAACAAGUGCUUUUAUCUAAAGCCCGAAGACAUACUGUAUUGUCCUCCAGUGUUAAGGAAUAAUGUGAUGGUGUUCAUCGCUGAGCUCUUUUGGUGGUUUGAGAUUGUGAAGCCUGAUUUUGUACAGCCGAGGGACCUAAAGGAAAACAGAGAUGCGAAGUUACUUCUGCAGUCUAACACCUCUCGAUCUCACACACCCAUCAAUGUCACCAAACGUAGUUUCCCAACUACAUCAAGUGCUGCUGAUAUAUUGACCACACCUUCAAUCCUGGACUUUAGAAUGUCUUCCUCUAGCGGCACUGUACCAAGUACUUCCAGCUCUCCUCACUCUUUAGUGCCUCGAAGACAGAUACGGCUGAGGGGACUUGAGGACGAUGCCUCAGUGAGGAAUCAGUGUAGCUCUCUGGCACGUAAAGAAGAAAAGCGUCAAGGUCUGUCACAGAUCUGUCCAGACCGGAGGCAAAGGCAUAUACCCCAGCCGGCACCAUAUGCCUUGGAUUUCCUAAAUAAGGAGGACGGCACAGACAAUGAUAGUCUGGUUCUCUCCGUCAGCAAAGACAACUUGGCCUCAAGCAUUAUGACACCCAGUCACAUGCUCGUGGGUCCAGGUCACCCUGUGCAUCAACACAGACUAAGCGGGCAAAGCCUCCUCAGUCACCUUCGCAUUGAGGACGAGGAGGAGAUUUUAGAGGAAGAGGAGCUGGUCGCCGUGAUUCACCCUGGUGCUUUCCCUCGUCAUUCAUUCAGGAGUGACAUACAGCUGGAUGAAUUGGAAAUCCCCCACACAACCUCACCGCGUAGGGUUUCUAAAACUCUGGACAUGAACAUCUUAACCCCAAAUUUGCAGGUAGACAGUUACUAUCUGGAGCCUCUUAUGCCUGCUAUUCCAAAGCCAUCCAAAGAGAAGAGCACUAGCCUGAACAAGGAAGAGGAGAGUGGGGAGAGUCGCUGCCGGCUGUCUUCUGUGAAAACAGCAACAGAUGCUCCACACAAAUCACAUCAGAAAUCACCAUUAUCUGAACGCGGUAAAUACACCUUUAAGCCCAUACCUUCGGUAAAAUCGGCCCCAAACCAGGAAGGCUUGACACGCACGUCUCUACCUGAGAAGACACAACCGCAAGGCUUCUUUCUUCACUUGUCUGGGGAGUCAGACUGUCACAGUUAUCUGUCCUCUGAUGCAGAAGUAGGCCAAGACUCUGACUCAGACAUUGCAGAUUUUGAGGAAGAUGACGAGGAUGUGGACGUGAUCGAGGCAAGCAGGGGAAAAGGGAUUGGCUUACUGCGAGACUUUUCCGAAGUCGAGUCUUUUAAGUUGAGAGAAGACCUGAAGGUGCACGAACGAGACGACAAAGAAGACUGGAGUGGUCGCUCCAGCCCAUGCCUCAGUACUGCGUCCUGUGCAAGCAGCUGCAGCGCUUCGGGCAGUGUCAAGAUGACCAGCUUUGCUGAAAAAAAGCUGCUUAAACUCAGCCUUCGUGACGGGUUCUCCAGCACCAGCAGUUCGCAGAAAACAACGCCUGACCACUCUGAGAUUAAUCCCUGCCCUCCCUGGCAACUAAAGGCAGAAGGUAGCCCGGGGUGGUCAGGGAAAGACCCUUUAUUUGCUCUGAAGAAGACUAUGAUGGCAAGUCCUCCGGUAGUGCCUUCAGAGCUGCUGCAGCUCCACAUGCAGUUGGAAGAGCAAAGACGUGCUAUCGAGUACCAGAAGAAGAAGAUGGAGACCUUGUCGGCACGGCAGCGACUGAAACUUGGCAAAGCUGCCUUCUUGAACAUUGUGAAGAAGGGCGAGAGUAGGAGCGACACCCUUCCUCUUCCAAUCAAGCAUUCCCCUUUGGAUGAAGUGUCUGCUGCUCCGAAAGCAAAGAGCCCAUGCUGCAAGGAUGACUCCUGUCUUGAGGCACUGAAAGUGCAGGCUAAGGCAGAUGGAACACAGAUAAAUCGAGACAACCGAUUAAACAGCUUAGGUCAAGAUAGUGCUUCCGAAGCGGACGUGAGUGAUCGCUCUCGCUCCAUCGACCUCCUCAACGAGGCCAUCAGUGCUAUCCAGCAGCAGAUGACACAGCUCUCUUUGCAGCAAGACUUGCUGAUGAAGAAAAAUGCAGCCUCAUCUGCAGAGCCUAAAGAACCUGACCGGAAAUCAACUCCACCCACAACACAGUCCUCCACCUCGGACCCUAGAUCUUUCGACAUAAACUUUGUUGACUUUAACGACAGCAGUUGCACUCCCAGUCGCCGUCCUCCCAAGUUAAGCUCCAGCCAGCGAAGCAAACCCUCUGGGCCCAAGCAAAGCCAUAAGAAUGUCAAAGAUUUUGACACAGAAGCUGAGACCUCUCCCAAGGAAAUGACUGGUACAGGAAGCCAGGAUGGUGAGAGUUCCAGGAUGGAUAGAAACUUCAGAAGACGCACAACUUUUAGAAUCCAAAAUGACCAAGGUGUCGCCAGAGAGGAAGCUGGUCUAUCUCCUGUCAAAGCUCAGUCAGAGGACAUUACGUAUGACACCUCUGUCACCCAGUCACAUUGUGCAGAAGACAACAAGGACAACAUCACAGUGAGAGAAUUUGCUGGUGGGGAUGACAGUUUUAGGGGAAAAGGUCAGCUGAUCGAGGUUGACCUAUCAGAGCUGAAGGAGCCUGCAGGAGAUGAUAGCACGGACACCACGGAUGGCGAACAGAAGAAUGUGAUCGGCUUCUUCUUUAAGGAUGACGAAAAGGCCGAGGAUGAGAUGGCCAAACGUCGCGCUGCCUUCAUGCUAAAACAGCAGCGUAAAGCCGAGGAGGCAAGGGUACGCAAGCAGCAGCAGGAAGCAGAGAGUGAGCUCAAGCGUGACGAGGCCAGGCGUAAGGCGGAGGAGGACCGGGUUCGUAAAGAAGAGGAGAAGGCCAGACGAGAGCUGAUAAAGCAGGAGUACCUGCGCCGGAAGCAGCAGGCAUUGUUGGAAGAGCAGGGUCAGGUCAAGCCUAGGCCCAGGUUCAAAACCCGCAGGAGUAGACCCAAAUCAGUCAACCGCAGCGAGCUCAGCAGCCCUUGUAAAGGAUCCACCACACCUGAACUGAGCGGCUGCCUUCGAGGAUCCACGUUGUCUUUGGCGGACACGGACAGCGUCAUUUCUGGAGAGGCAGAGACACAGAGGGCUGAGUCAGUCUGCUCCAUGGAUUCCUUCUCUGUAAUGAGCCGAGCCUCCAGUAGGAACAUGGAACGCGACUGGGAGAGUGGAUCCAUUGCUUCCUCCAUCACUUCCAUCGAGUACAAUGGACCCAAGCUCUUCAAAGAGCCAAGCUCCAAGUCCAACAAGCCAAUCAUUAUCAAUGCCAUUGCGCACUGCUGCUUGGCUGGAAAGGUGAAUGAGGCCCAGAAGAAUGUCCUUCUGGAGGAGCUGGAAAAGUGCGAGUCCAAUCAUCUCAUCAUCCUCUUCCGCGAUGGCGGAUGCCAGUUCCGUGCAGUAUACUCAUACUCGCCUGAGACGGAGGACAUCGUCAAAUUCACGGGCACGGGCCCACGUUCCAUCGGCCACAAGAUGAUCGAUCGGCUGUACAAGUAUAGCUCGGAUCGCAAGCAGUUCAACGUCAUCCCGGCGAAGUCUGUGUCGGUCAGCGUGGAUGCGCUGACAAUCCACAACCACUUGUGGCAGGCUAAGAGGCCUAGCAGCGCACGCAGAAAAUGACACCCGGAUGCUCGGUAUUUUUCUUCUGUUUACGACCGUUGGGCCGGACCCACAUACGUCGUCGUAAGGCGUGUUGAGAGUAAACUCUCCCGAAUUGCAAUGACAGCUUAAAAAGUUGUCUGUGUGAGAUUACAGUGAAAUCAAAUGCAAAAUCUUUGAAGUUGAAAUCUUUGAAAUUUGUGUGUUAUUUCAUUCCUUUCAGCGCUGUGCAGUGAUUUCCAACCUGCCUCGAGUCAAAGCACCUAUUUUGUAUGAGGAAAAAAUGUCACAGCAUAUCGCUAAAAACAAAAAAUAUACAACUGGAAAUUAAUUAAUAAUGCAGACCACAUAACAAAAAACAAAACAAUAUUGUUUCGCGCAUAUUGACAACUUUUCCUUUUCUACAUAAAUGUUUUAGAUUUUCUGUGUUUGGAAUUUGGGAGUAUUGUCAUUUUAUAGAACAAAACCAAAAUGUUAAUUUGACUCACAUCUAUUGUAUACUUAAACGAUACUGUAACUAGUAAAUUUGAUAUUAAGUCGUUUAAUAUUUUCCUGAAUGGAAGAGCAUUCAUUGUUCAGCUUGGACUGUACAUUGCUGUUAUAGACAUUUGAACAAAGAUACAUUUUGUGUCAUAAAUAACUAACCCUUGGUGAUCUGGCACAGAGGUUGGGAAUGACUGCGCUAGAGAACACAAAGCAAUGCUAGGCGAAAACAUUCAUUCUUUGCUUUUGUCAGAUAAUUCUGCAUUUUACAGUUUUCUUUUAGCCUGUAGGUACGUCCUACAUUCUUUUUUUUGGCACUUUUGCUUAAGAAUUGAUUGCAAUGUGGCAAACCAAGUUGGACCUUUUCGAGAGGAACGCUGCUGCGAAGAUUAUGACAUUUCAUCCCCCCCAAAUAAGGUUUGUCAUUUGUAUUGUUGGGCUUCAGACUACUGGUUCGGUUCUUUCAGUCUUACAAAGAUACACUUUGAUCACAUAUUUUAAUUUUAAAUAGGCAGAAUUGUUGUUCUUUACCUGAGGAAGUGAGGAACACAAUCUGAACCCACCUCAGAAUGUUUGUACUUCACUCAGCAAUUCAGCUUUUUUUUUUUCUUGCUAACAACUCAAAACUGACCAUACGUAUGAAUGUGAAUGGGUAAUCGUUGUUUAUAAUGUAUAUGCUCUGUCCCUAGCUGGCGACCAGUCAAUUUUGUACCCUGCUUCUUUCACCAGAAGUCAGUCAAUUGAAGACUAAAUCGUUCAUGGAUAUUAAUGUGAGUAUUUUCUGGAGUUUUCUAAAAACGAGCGCCAGUUUUUUUUGGAAUACACUUAAUUCCCUGUUGGUGUGAAUGUGAGCAUGAAUGCUUGUCUGUGUGACCUGCAAUUAGCUGGUGCUUAGUCCAAGUUGUCUGUUACCUGCUUAUCGCUAAAAUUUAGAUAAGGCCUCAAGUUUAGUUGAAAAGCGCUGGAAAAUUGGACAAAAAUCCUGCGAUGGUUAUUUCUGAUAUCUCAUUUGAAGAAAAACAUUUUCAUUUAGUAGGAAUGUCUUUAUUUUGGCCGAUUGCAAUCCUUGACCGGCUUUCAAGCUUUUUUGCGACCUUUUCACCGGAGAACAAUGUAUGUAGCUCCAAAUAUUCAAGUUGCCUGUUAGUUCCGGAGUCAUUGGAACGUGAUGGCGAACAAAACCGCACAAUACUUGACAUUUUUUUGCUGCAUUUUGUAUAUUUUUUAGUGGGGUGUUUUCUACCAGUUCUGAAAAAUGCAAAAAAAAACAGGCACUGUUAUGAGGUUUAUUCUGUUACAGUUCCAUUUCAUUGUGUUAUAUAUUGUAUGUUGAUUUAUUUUCAAAAUCUGUAAUAAAAUACAGUUAAAUAUAUCACUACUUUAUUAUUAAAUGUGAAUAUAACCACUAACACAAAAGUUUAAUGUGGAGAGAGACAUUCACAGCGCGUGUUCACUUCAUAUCAUUUUUAUAUGUUAAAAAAAACUGAUGGACGGAGUAAUAUUUCAGAAGUGAAACCAAGUUUAGUGGACUAAUAGAAGAUGUGCAGUAUGCCUCAAAACAAGAUGAUAAGUGAACAAAAAUCUGGGCACUCCAACAUAAAUUAAGAACCAAUAUUAAGUAAAUCUUGCUUUUGCCAAAAUAUCAGCUUCCAGAUGUUUCAAAAGACUUCCAAUGAGUUGUUAAUUCUAAAGUAAAAAAAAAAAAAAAAAAACUGAAAAAAAUGAUCGCAUUGAGAAAAAAUAUUCAAAAAAGUGUGUCACAUGAGUAUUUUGCUCUUGGAAUUUCUAUUUUUAAUAAAACUCCUUUGAACUCGCAUAGUUUAACUCUUUAGGUGCCAUUGACGGCAAUCCAGCCCCUCCCAGAUGAAACGGAUUGGUCGUCUAUUGCCGUCAGCGGAUGUUUUCAAUUUCCCUUUUUUACUAGUAUACUCUGUAACCUGGGCUCGCAGGGAAUGAGUGAAGCUAAUGAUAACCGUUCAAUAGAUGACCACUGUAGUGAUCACUGUCCCUGAAAGGGUUCAUGAAAAUAUUUGUGGGCUUCUAUUCCUUAUUAUGUUCCUCACAGUGGAAACUGACAUCUGAAAUGCAAUAGAUUGGCUGCAAAAAGCUACAUAUGGUUAAAAUAAAAAUACAACUCAGAUAAGUCACUUCUAAAUUUUAAUGUGUACAACUCAACUGAAAAAAAGCUUAUAGAUAAAAUUUUAAAACAUAUAUCGUGGUUGCAAAUACAAUCACAUUUAUAAAAAUGGAGCUCAGCACACGCCCACCAUGAUUCCAAGUGGCUCCGUUUAAAGUUCAGCCGUUUGAGAAGACAUGACUUUCAGAUGUGACGACUCUCAGUUUUGAGAAGGCAUGACUUUCAGAUACGACGACUCCCAGUUUUCUGUCAGUAGAUCAUUCAUGUUUCUGUUGGUGAAACACGGACAUCAUCAGUUGCCGGCUGCGGUGACUGUAUUUGCGGAGGCGUCAAUGUGACGGUAUCAGAGAUUUCAGGCGCAAGCGAGCCGGCGGUGGCAACUUCCGCCUCUUUGGCAUUCUCGGCGGCCUUCUUCUCGAUCUCUUCCAUGCGUCGCUGCAUCAUGCGAGGCAUUAGCUGCACGUAGGUGGCCAUCAGACGGUGAUUGGAGCGAAUCAGCUUCCCUGCGCAGCUGUCCACGCAGCGCUCCUACAAAAUCACAGUCUAAAUUAGCCCAACAUGUUCAUACACAAAGGUUUCACUCUCGUAGCUUGAGUUGCUGUAUGUUUUCACAAAAAAGACAACUAUGGAGAUUUCCAGAUUUUAAAGCGAUCACUCUUAACAGGUUUUACCGUCUCCCGUAGAGGUCAACCGAUAUGGGAUUUUCAAAUGCCGAUACCUAAAAAGAUUUUCAGCAGAUUGCCGAUAUCCAAAGCUGAUUUUAAAAGCCAAUAUUUGAGGCCGACAUACUUUUUCUUUUAAAGCGCACAGAUUAUAAAAGACAAUUUAAAAAAAUUACUUCAACAGUUUCAAAUUUACAAUGACCUGAGACUUAAAGGAUUAGUCUACCAUUAGGCUACCAAACAAACGAGCGUAGCACUUCUUUUUAUGAUUGUACACACUCAGCAAGAACCGUACAUUAUUUUGAAAUAAUUAAACCCACCAGGACAUCACGACAAGAUGUAAACAAGUGAGAGUUUCAAAGGAUGCUCACCAUGCUACAGCUAAGGCUACGUGUUACAUUUAGAGUGUAAGGAUCACUCCGUAAACACCUUAAAAGGCUAAACCAACAUUGCAUAUUCUCUAAUGCAAGAUAAAAAUAUUUACAAAACAGGCAUUUCUGCUUGUUUUCUUCAGUAAUCUUUCAAAAAAGAACAUGCCAAUCCAACACUGCUGCUAUGGAACUUGUAGAAACGACUCUAGACAUUACGACAUAUGAAGGAUGUUUUCUUCAUACGUUUCCCGAAACAAACGACUCGGAGGAAAAAAUGUGAAGAAUGGAUCAACCUGCGCGGAUGUCCAAAAGCCCAGUUUAACGUCAGCAAGGUGAAGCCAUUCAUAUUUCAUAUGCAGUAAAGAUUUUGUUGGGGGCCAUGGUCCUUCAGAGGACAAAGAGGUAAGCCAUUUUGAUAUUUUUACUAAUUUUUUAGCAUGGCGUUUUGCCGUGCAGCUUCUGUCUGACAAUGAAUGACCUGAAAAAAUUUAAAAUUGUAUCUGACUGCCAGUGUUUCCUUUUCAGUUGUUAAAAAAAACAAUUUUGGUAAGGGGGAACUAUAAAUAAAUGAUAGAAUUAAGAUUUGUUAUCAAUGAAAACAUUAAGUGUUCGUUGGCUUUCACUGAGUAGCAUUUGCGAUCGCUACACAAAAAUAGCAAUGUAAAAUGCCUCUAGAAAAUGGUCAGAGACAUAAGACAACCAGAGGAUAUAAUAUAUAAGAAGGACAGGGCAUAUGUUGGUAAAAGAUUGUUGAAACAGGAGAAUGUCAUUGUAAGUGUCGUAAGGCAAUGCACACAAGAAAAAGGUGUCGAUAAAAAAGCUAACUCUGGAUCAGGUCGGCUCGUCUUUUUCAGCUCUCAACACUCAAGCCAUCUCUUUAACUGAACAUAUGUAUGUUCUUCCACAUCUUUACCAGUGAAUUUGUCACCAGGGACAUGAUUUUUGGGACAGAAUUGGUCAUUUUAGCUCAGUAAACAUCUCGUUCAUACACUAUUUCCAUGCAUUUACGAUUAGGGACAAAGGGGAGGUUGACCUGCCCAGCAACAGUUGCUAACCUCAUGAAUAUUAAUGAGCAAACGUGACAUGUUGCUUGCGGUACGCCAUUGCACUCAAAACUGUUCAUUCGCCUCUCCCAGUCAAAAUGGAUUGGAGGUCUAGUGCCAUCAACUGGACUGAAAGAUGAUCAUUCAUCCAUUUCUUCCAUUUUAAAUGAAUUGGACAUCAAUGGCUUGCAAUGAGUUAAAUACUAUGAAAAACGUUAAAGGUUGACUGAUAAAUCAA